AUGCGGCUGCGCUGGCCUGGCCCACUGGAGGUGACGACGAGCCCGAGGGCCGACCUGGAAUCUGUUGAUAAGUUACAUCAAAAAGAAGAACAGUUUAAGGCGCUGUCUUCUGAACUGGAGAAGUUGCGAGGAAGUCGAACAGAUAUGGAGGCCAAAUUCAAAGAGAGAGAUGUGCGAGAAGAGCAGUCGACGAAGGCAAAGGCCAAGGUGGAAAACGACAUCGCGGACAUCGUGAAAAUGUCCGGGGAAAACUCGUCACAGCUGACGAGAAUGAAUGAUGAACUACGCCUGCAGGAGAAGUGGGUGUGUCGGGCUGCUUUUCCGGAAGGUUCUGUGGUGAUGCCUGCAACCGCGAGUCACCCUCCCAGAAUUCUGUCUGAGGCCCUCUCUGAGAUCUCUCAGGCUCCUUCAUGGACCCUCAACAGAGCGGCCAGCCUGCCCCUGCUGGGCACGGCGUCGGAGUUUUCCGCAGAGAGUGCCGACUCGCGGGCCGGGCUGACGUGUUUAAGGGGAACCGGGGCCGGGGGCGCUGCGGCCCGGGCUGCCUUGGCCGCCUUCCCGCGACCGCCCGGAGGCCACCUGGGCCGCGCUUUAAGACCUACCCCUGCGGGGCCGAGUCCCUUUCCGCGCGAACACGCCCUGGCUUCCAGCGCAGGGGCCCUGGCCGCCACUCAAGCGCGCCCCGCCUAUCGCAGCCCCCGGCCGGCUCGGCCCGCCUCUCCCGCGCUCCGCCCGGCCAAUAGGAGCUCGGAUCGCUUCCGUGCCCCUCCCCCUUGCGGCCGGCUUCCGUGCCUGCCCGCUCGAAAGCACUCACGUGUAUCCGGGAGCCCAAGGGCUGCCUUUCGGUCGCCCCUCAGCGAGCCGGCUGAGCCCCGGUGCCUCGCCUGGGAAGUGGUUGCCCCCGCUGCCCGUGAACCCGGGAAUGAUCCCCUGCGGCCGGCUUUCGCAUUGCCCCUGGCAGCGGGCGAAAUGCUGAGCGGCUGCGCCCCCUGCCGGAUUAUGAGCGCGCCCCGCCGCCGGCUGUUGGCGCGGUGCCUCUGCGGCUGUCAGCUUGGCCCCGGCCCAGGUCCUGCCCCGCGCCUGUGA